CAACAAUCUGAAUGUAACCAACUCCACUCUCCACCAACCACCACUUUCCCUCCGCAAUGCUCGCUGCCCACGCCGACCAGGAAAACCUCGUCGCCUCGCAUCAGGCCGCUGCCCAAGCCAAGCCGCUCAAUCAUGGCAGCACCAUCAAGCCCUUCGCGCCCAAGACGCCGCUCAGACUGCCCUUGAACGACGAGAACGUGACCAAGAAGACUAGCAAGACGGCCAAAAAAGGCCAUGAUAACGCCUUCGUCACGCCUGCCGGUCCCCGCUCGCGUGCCCCGCUGGGCAUGAAGACGACCAAUGCCAAAGCCAGAGCCUUUGCGACCCCAGCGCUCCAGACCGCCGAGCCUGGCUCCGAGCGGACCGGCGUCAAGAGCAGCGGCCCCAGGCUCCGUCGCGCCAAGGUCAAAGUUCACCAAGCCACCCCGGUCAAGGACCCCACCGCCGACGAAGAACGCGACAUCGAGUACAUGCCACCGCGCGGUGUUCCCCUCAAUGACGAUCCCGAAGACUGGCCUCCUCUGAACCUCUCCAUGCUUGAAGGCAGCAACUUAACCCGCGGCGUUUAUCUGAACUACCUUAACCCCAUCGGCGAAGAUGGCUUGACUCACUCUGAAAGACGUGACAAGGAGCUCUUCGCCAAGAUAGACCAACGGAACGACGAACUCAUGGUCAAGUCUCUCGAGGAGACCCUGGGUCCCUUUACCGACGCAGAGCGCCAGGCGUUCGGCAUGCCUCUCAAGACAAUUCGCAAACCCAAGGACCAAGAUACUCGCCCUGCUAGUGCUGCUAGCAACAAGAGUGCUCAAUCAAGCUCCCGCAGGCCCGCCUCAGCUAUCGGUAGACCCGCUUCAGCUGCUAGCACGUCCAGGGCCCCGCUCCCCUCUUCUCGCGCUGCUGUCUCUGCUCUCUCUCACUACUCUAAUCCGACUGCUUCUGUUCGUGCCCGUUCGCGCUCGGUUCUUUCCGACUCCACUCCAUCCGCACCGGUUGUGUCUCGCAAGAGGCCCGCUGCCACUUCUAUGGCGGCCCCUAAACCUUCGGAUCCUUACGCUGUACGCCACCAGGCUGCCACUGCUGCAUCCAAGACUACUCUCGGCUACGGCAAAGGCCGCGCCGUUUCUUCCUCUAUCCGCAAGCCUAUUCCAAGCAUCUUUGGUCACCAACGUGCCGUCAGUCAACCCGCAGCCAAGGUAAACAAGACGGAUUCUACUUCUUCAGCUAACGGUGCUGCUCCCACUGGCGCCCGCCCCUCUGUUCCGACAUUUGGUCGUUCCCGUUCUGCCUGGAGCCGCCACGACUCCGACGUCACGCUCACGCCGUCUAUGGCUGACAGCCAGGAUGAGCAGGAACCUGACGUGGAACUGGAACUCAUGCGAGAACUGCACAGCCAGACGAUGAACACGGAGCUGGAUGACUGCGAUUGGAUCAAGAGUGGUUCCAACACCGACGCCCUUGACUUUGCCCUCGAUGACGAAGAAGAGGAGUUCCAGUUCACGAUUCCUGAACUCCCUGAGCCUGAGCCUUGAGUUUGCUACUGUGAAGAGCAAAUCCUUGCGGGGAGAAACUCCCAACUAAUCCGGUGGGGGAUUAGAUUAUUUGAACUCUUGGAUUCGAAACACCCCGACUUGUAAUACGAGUCCAACAGUCUAUGUACUUUAAUGCUUGAACGACACAAUUAGCCUUCUUCUUUCUUCUAUCUGUUUUCUUCGGACUCUAGGGAGCGGACUGGGUUAGGACAAGGACGGCAGGACGGACGAGAAGACCGACGCUGGACCGUCGGCUAUGAGAACACACUGGUUGAAGGGGUAAUUGUUGUUGUCGUUGGAAGGAACCUUAUGAACCCUCGGCUAAGCUUUCUUUUGUCUCCUGCUUUUUACCCUUCUUUCUACUUCCCAUCAGACGAUUACGUCGGCCGAGCAAGAGCGCUCUUGACCGCACGCGCGCAUGCAUGUAUUAUCAACGAAUUUUCAGCGGCGUCGUCGGCCAUGGUAUUGGCGUGGUCGAUCGGACGCCAUAUGCGAUGC